AAUCACGAUGGGCGAUACGGCUGCCGAAGACAUCCAAAACUUAAAUAUUAACGAAAAGGCAGGCUUUUAACUAAUAAUAUUUAUCUUAUCAGUGUAAACAUAGUGUUAUUUACAAUGUUAAAAUUGUUCAACUUCCGUGGGGGUUGCGUGGUCCGCUUCAAAGAGGGCUACGCUUUUGCCACAUGGUCAAAAACCAAAGCGAUGAAGGAGAAGAAGAAGAAAGCGGAAGAUUCCGGAGCAGUCUCAGAACUGAAUCCAUGGCCUGAGUACAUUAAGAAACGUAUCACACUGUGGGACAAGUUCAAACAACAACAUGCAGAGGAAUUAGCAUCUAAACCAGACAUGAGUGUUGUGGUAACUUUGCCAGAUGGGAAGACGGUAGAAGCCAAGGCCUGGAAGACCACGCCAUACGAUGUGGCCAAAGGAAUCAGUCAAGGACUGGCGGACUCCACUAUCAUCGCUCGGGUGAACAAUGAACUCUGGGACUUGGACCGGCCACUGGAGGGAGACUGCAAGCUGGAACUCCUUAGAUGGGACAACACUGACGCCCAGGCUGUGUUCUGGCAUUCAUCUGCUCACAUGCUCGGAGAAGCUAUGGAGAGGGUAUACGGAGGUUGUCUAUGCUAUGGUCCCCCCAUCGACGAGGGCUUCUACUACGAUAUGUACUAUCCUGAAAAGGGGAUAUCAUCCACAGACUUCCACGUACUAGAGGGUCUGAUCAAAAAAAUUGCAAAGGAAAAACAGCCUUUUGAACGUUUAGAAUUGACCAAGGAACAACUGUUAGAGAUGUUUGACUACAACCCGUUUAAAGUGAGGAUUUUGAAGGAGAAAGUUAACACGCCGACCACCACGGUGUAUAGAUGUGGGCCGCUUAUAGAUUUGUGCAGGGGGCCCCACGUCAGGCAUACGGGGAAGGUCAAGGCACUGAAGGUCACCAAGAAUUCAGCGACGUACUGGGAGGGUAAGGCGGACGCGGAAAGCCUACAACGGAUAUAUGGCGUGUCGUUCCCGGAGCCGAAACAGUUGAAGGAGUGGGAGACCAUACAGGAAGAGGCCGCGAAGAGGGAUCACAGGAAGAUUGGAAAGGAGCAAGAGUUGUUCUUCUUCCACGAGUUGUCCCCCGGCUCGUGCUUCUUCCAGCCACGCGGCGCCCACAUCUACAACACGCUCGUCAACUUCAUCAAGGAACAAUACAGGGUCCGCGGUUUCCAAGAGGUGGUGACGCCCAACAUGUACAACUCGAAGUUGUGGCAGACCUCUGGACACUGGGCUCACUACGCGGAGAACAUGUUCUCCUUCGACGUGGAGAAGGAGACCUUCGCGCUGAAGCCCAUGAACUGUCCGGGACAUUGCCUGAUGUUCGACAACCGCAACCGCUCGUGGCGCGAGCUGCCGCUGCGGCUGGCGGACUUCGGCGUGCUGCACCGCAACGAGCUCAGCGGCGCGCUCACCGGCCUCACGCGCGUGCGCCGCUUCCAGCAGGACGACGCGCACAUCUUCUGCGCGCCGCAACACAUCGAGCAGGAGAUGGUCGGAUGUCUACAGUUCUUGGAGUGCGUGUACUCGACGUUCGGUUUCACAUUCCAGCUGAAAUUGUCCACCAGGCCGGAGAAAUACCUGGGUGACCUCGCCACCUGGGACCAGGCCGAGAAGGCGUUAGCAGACUCGCUAGAGAAGUUCGGCAAGCCGUGGCAGUUGAACCCGGGCGACGGUGCAUUCUACGGGCCCAAGAUCGACAUCACGAUCCAGGACGCGCUGCGGCGCUCGCACCAGUGCGCCACCAUACAACUCGACUUCCAGCUGCCGGAGCGGUUCAAUCUCAAUUAUGUCAGUGAGAGCGGUGAGAAGAAGCGUCCAGUGAUCAUCCACCGCGCGAUCCUCGGCUCGGUGGAGCGCAUGAUCGCGAUCCUCAGCGAGUCGUACGCGGGCAAGUGGCCCUUCUGGCUCAGUCCGCGGCAGGCCUGCGUCGUGCCCGUCGGUCCAGCAUUCGACGACUACGCGGUGCAGGUGAACGAGAAGUUGUUCGCGGCUGGGUUCAUGUCGGAAGUGGACACCGACGCGGGAGACACGCUCAACAAGAAAGUCAGGAACGCACAGCUCGCGCAGUUCAACUAUAUACUCGUGGUGGGAGAUCGUGAAAGGAGUUCGGGCACGGUCAACAUUCGCACCAGAGAUAAUAAAGUGCACGGAGAGAUGUCAGUGGAGGCGCUCAUAGAUCACUUCAACACGCUGGUCAGAGAUAAGACGCUCUCGGAGGACAGCGAACUGCUGAAAUAGUUGUAGCACCAGUGAUUUAGGCAUAGACUACCGCUAAUAGAUGCAGCAUAGUGUACCCGGAUUUGCAAUAUCCGGGUAAACCUUUUUAGGCGGCGAAAGUGAUCUUUGAGAACAAAAAGAUUUUUCAUAACUUGAUUGAUGAAUGUUAAAUCUAUGGAUUUGUAAUGACAUAGACUAUAAAUGAUGAUUGAAACUAAAUUGUUCAUCGGUGAACUGUUUUUGUUCUUCGGAAAAUAUUAAUUUUGUCCAACUCGAUAUUAAAUCACUAUGUAGUAUCUAUUUGAGGUAAUCUAUAAGAUAAAAUUAAGUAAAAUUUCCAAUGUAUUUUGACGUAACGGCUCGACACGUGAUUUUAUUUUAAAACAGUUCCUAUGUUUUAGUUCUAAGUCGAGUUGCCCAGCUAAGCUGGGGUAUAACCACACUUCGCCCGGUAUUUGAAAUCUGUGGUCAAACCAUAGAUAUUCUUGUCAUAACGGGCUGUUUCUAAAUCGACAAAAUUGUAUUUUAAAAUGAAGGUUUUAUGUGAUUUUUGGAUUAUUUUCCCUUCGCCUAAUCUUAGAAAUCUAUGGUUAGACCAUAGAUUUUCUUUGUUUGACGGGCAUUUUCUAUACUGCCAUUUUAUAAGAAACCAGUAUAUCUUUAAUUUUAAAUAUGCUUUAAACUAAGUUAUUUCACAGAAUUCCAGUCAAAAUACAUUGCGAAUCGCUUUUAACCUGACUUAAUUAUUAGUGUAACAAAGUCGAUACAUUAACUUUCUUCGUCAUCGUAUCGACUGUAUUUCAAUCUUAUUUAUUUUGUAUAUUGGUGAAUGAAACGGCAUUUUUCACGCAUUUGGGUACAAAUUCUAACACGACGUGCAUGGAUGCAUUUUAUCGAUAAAACGUAUCGAUAUUUUAAAAAAAUAUUUGGGGUCUCGUAUCUCGAUAAUUAUUCUUUCAGUAUUGGUAUACCGUGGUAUACGACCUAUUUACGCAUUAUUUUCGAUGUUUAUGGAAAUUACGUGUAUCGAUAAGUUCGAUAAAAUGUGCGUGACGUCAUUAUUUUCUUUAGUAAUUUAAUGUAGUACACCUCUGAUUACAGUAUGAAAUAAACGUAUUUCUGGA